UCAAAAGGGGUGAAUGGCUCGACAAAGACGUCCUUGUUGAUAGUAAUGGAGUUUCUGCAGACGCCACCACGCCCUGACUGAAACUGGAGGAAUUGGUUUCGUCGACGACAGAGGGAAUUAGUUGAAAAAAAAAUAGUAGUUUGCGUUAGUAAUCGAAUUAACUCCAGCUUUAAGACGUACACAAUAGUUUAAACAGAACAAGAUUAAAGACAAGUAAUAGCAAUCGGUCGCGUCGCGUCUUUGACGUAACACAUACGUCACUAAAAUCCAUCCAAUCAGGUGAGUGGAUGCUACUGCGUGCGAGGUUUGAACUACAGGAGAGACGGCUGCACGGCGUCUGUCUGCAACACGAGUUUGUCUGGAUCAAACUUCGAACUUUUUAACCAGCUGGGAUUUUAAGUAUGAGAAAAAGUGAGGUGAUAGCAUCUGAGGCUGUGUCAGCUCUGAAUAAAGCUCUGUGCCACCUGAAGGACAUUUGGGAGGAGAUCGGCAUUCCGGAGGACCAGAGGCUCCAGAGGAACAAUGUUGUUAAGAAUCACAUCAAAGGUUUACUUGACAUGAUGAUCAAAGAGGAGGAAUUGUUGAGAAAGAGGCUUCUGGACAGCAUUCAGGCUUGCAGAUCUGAAAUGGAGAAACUGUGCGCAGAACUCCAGCGUCCCGUCUUCCAGGAGGAAAGAGGGAUCACCAUGCUGCAACAGGAGAAAAACAUCCGCACACAAGUGGAAGCUCUGGUGAAGGAGAAGACGGUUCGAAUGCAGCAGCUGAAGACUCUACUGGAGCAGGACCAGGACCUCUGUGACCUUCUGUGCUCGUUGCCUUACGGCAUCUCCUCUGAGUCUGUCCCUUCACUGGAGCAGCUUGAGAACUUUCGCAAGCACAUUGCUGACCAGAAUGAAGAAAAGGGAAAGCGUCAUGCUGAAUUUGUAGAAGUUAAGAAGCAGAUUGUCCUAUACAUGGAGGACUUGGAACACAUCCCCAUGACGAGCUUUGAAAAGGAUGUGGUCAGUGAGGAUGAGGACGCUUUUUGCCUGUCCAAAGACAACAUUGCGUCACUGAAGGUGUUUCUUUGCCAGCUGGAAAGCCUCAAGGCAGAGAAUGAUACGAUGUGUGAGAGCCUUCGGGAACAGAUCCAGCAGCUGUGGAGCCGCCUGCAGAUCCCGCAGGAGGAGAGGGAAGCCUUUAAUGAGCACAUGGUCACAUCCAGGAAGAAGAAUCUAGAAGCGUUACAAGCUGAGGCCCAGCGUCUGGAAGAGCUCAAACUUCAAAACAUUCGCAAUGUCAUAGAUGCAAUACGCUCCGAGAUCGCUGUGUUGUGGGAAAAAUGCUUUUUCAGCAUUGAUCAGCGGGAAGCCUUUGCACCGUAUUUCAGUGACGUCUUUACUGAGGAGCUACUGAGUCUGCACGACGCUGAGAUCGGACGCCUGAAGCAACACUAUGAGGACCACAAAGAGCUUUUCGUCAGUGUUGAUGAGUGGGAAAGAAACUGGAGGCUUUUCUUAGACCUAGAGAAAAAGGCCUCGGAUCCAUCAAGAUUCGCUAACAGAGGCGGAAAUCUUCUUAAAGAAGAGAAGCACAGGACUGAGCUUCAAAAAAGCCUACCCAAGCUUGAAAAGAAGCUGAAAGUCCAAAUUGACAGAUGGGAGACUGAGCAGGGCACAGAGUUUUUCAUCCAUGGACAAAAGUUCCUGAAAUAUGUGGCAGAACAGUGGGAGCUGUUCCGGUCAGAAAAGGAAAAGGAAAAACAAGAAAGGCACCUGAAGAAAACCAAACAGAUUGAGAUCGACAUGCUUUACGGAACAACCGUCCGAACGCCAUCAAAGCGCAAAUUCUUGGCCAACACUACGCCAAACAGAGUGAAAAAGAUGAAUGCCACCUCCUGUUCAUCUAACACAACCUCCAAUGGCACCAUGCGCUCAGUUUUUGGGGGAACUCUCUGUCGUUCGCCAGUUCCCAGGACACCGCUCGCCUCCAAGGUUCAGGAAUCACGAACCCCUAAUGGAGCAAAACCACCCCAUCCACGUUUGCAGACCUUUAAUAAAGAGAAUGAAGGCCAUCUGAAGGGGACACCAAAGAGUGGUGGGUUGCUGACCACUGCUAGUCACCAGUGUAACUCCAGCCUAAACUCAAUUGCCAGCACGUAUACAGAAUUUGUGCGAGACUUGUCCAAGGCCUCUAACCCCAAGGUCCAGCACGACAUCCUGAACUCCACCAGCACCAACUUUUGACCUCUCUGAGGAGCACAGCAUCUGCCAAAUCCUUCCAAUGAGGAUGCCAUCUAUCGCUUGAUAGGUCAUUCUACGCUGCCUGCUUAUAAAUGUAAAUAUAGAUAAUAUAUUUUAUAUGGAUGCUAACAAAAUUGUUUGCACCUGCCAGUGCUUUCCACUGAUUUGGCUUCCUUUUUUGCUGAUCAGCCACUGCAGGAAAAAUGUUGAGUUAUACUAACUUCACUUCUCUCAUCAUUUAUGGAGAAUGGAAAAAAAAAUACACUAUAGGUUGCACUGUAGUGCUGUCGAUGGAAGGUUUUAUAUUACUCUUUUGCACAACCUGUACGAUUAUCUUUUUUUGGUUUUGGUGGUUUGGAAAUACUUACCGUUUUGUCAUUUAAAUGUUUGUUUUAUGUGUGUUGUUUGUUUAUACAUGCUACAUAUUCAGCACGCUGCGGCCUGUGGCUGUAUCAUGCUAAACUGUAAUUCGAUGAAAU